UGAGAGCAGGUGCCGGGUUGCCCCGAGGAGUUUGACGUUAACCGCCUCUAAAAUGAAAAAAGCGUUUGGCAAGGGGAGGUGUUGUGCUGUGGCGGCUCCUCGUGCCCUGAGCUGCGCGGCCUCAGCCACACUAUGGGGAUGGGGGGCACAGAGCACUUCGGUGCGGACCGACACGGUUUCAGAAUGUCGGCCUGGAGCAGCACGUAGGAGUCAGCGGUUGCACAAACAGAGCGAUGCAGAGCGGUGAGGAAUGGAGACCCAGCUGACCUUUCCUGCCCGCAGCAGUUUCUAAGGGACGCCUGGGGCUGCCGGGGAAUAAUGCUGCUUUUUGUUUGCUCGGUGAAAACAAGUAUUUGUUGUUGCGACCGAGGCGCUUCCUGGGAAGCUGUGACACAGAGCCGUGCUCUGCUCCUGGAACCCGCCCGUAGUGCCGACGUGGUGGCACUGCUGUGGGGUUGGUGCUGAGUUCCGAAUGGACUUUGGUGCUGAGCUGCCCUCCUGCAGGGUGAGGUGUUGCUUCACCCGAUGCUGACUCUUCCCUUGCUGCAGGACGUGUCCUUUGUCGAAAGCAUCGCUCCCGUGGGCCGUCGGUGGGGUCUGGUGGCCACAGCGGUGCUCAUCGCCCCUUCUGGGGUCACGAGGCGGGGCACGCUGCGUGGGAACAAGCAGGCUCUGCUCCCCCAGCAUCCUCCAUAUGUCACAGUGCAGCGUCCCCCCCGGCCACCGAGUCCUUCUGUGCUGUGCGCUGAUCGCCCCGUGAGUCCGAGGAAUUCAUGGGGCCGUGGCUGAUGCGGCCGGCGGAGCGCCCUGCCCGGCUGCACGCCUCGGUGCGCAGCUCCGUGUGGGGGUGUGACGGUUACCGUGCGGUUACUGCUGACAGUUUCUGUCGGUACGGGAGCAGGAAGUCGGUGACGCUGCUGACACGGGCUGAUAUUGCUGCUCACCCGCCUGCCGCCCGGGUGGUUUCUCAACAGGAGCUGCGUCCCCGGCUGUGCCACAUCAAGAAGGGCCCCAAUGGGUACGGCUUCAACCUGCACAGUGAGAAGAGCCGCCCGGGGCAGUAUGUGCGUGCUGUGGACCCCGACUCACCAGCCGAGGCAGCGGGGCUGCGUGCCCAGGACCGUAUUGUUGAGGUGAAUGGGACGUCCGUGGAGGGCAAACAGCACGCAGAUGUGGUGGCGGCCAUCAAGGCGGGUGGCGAUGAGACCAAACUGCUGGUGGUGGGCAUGCUGGCCGAUGAGUUCUUCAAGAAGUGCAGGGUGGUGCCCUCGGAGGCACACCUGGCAGGUCCCUUGCCAGAACCCAUUGCCAAUGGUGAUAUAGAGAAGGAUAACGGCGGAGAGCUGCGGCUGAGCUCUGUGUCAGAGAGACCUCCCAGCCCCGCGCUGGCCACGUCCCCCGAAGGCAACGAGACCCACAGUGAGCCCGAUGCGCAGGAAGGGGACAAGCGCAGCUCUGCGCCCAGCUCCCUGCUGGACCUCGACAUCCCGCUGGCCGUGGCCAAGGAGCGGGCGCACCAGAAGCGCACCAGCAAGCGGGCUCCGCAGAUGGACUGGAGCAAGAAAAACGAACUGUUCAGCAACCUGUGAAUCCGCCCCGGGGCGGGGACACCGGCUCUCCCCCCUCCCCUUCGUCCCCACCACCCUGACAGGGAGGACGGGGCUCGGGGUCAGUGAGCUUCCCUGCUGAGGAUGGUGAUGGUGCCCUGGGUGCUCCUCCAGCCCUGGCGUGAAGCUUUGUGCGCCCGGCUAUGUGCAGAGCUGUGGGGAGGUUUGGUGACUCGGAGUGGCCGGGUUUGAUGCCCAAUGCUUCUCAUCCCCUCUGCCAGCUCUUCUCCCAUCCCAAAACCCAGUUCUGUUUCACCCCCUCCCCCCCCACCCAGAUAAUCUCCCUUUCUUGAGGCUCUUGGUGACUUUCACCACAGCAAUUCCUCCUGGGGUUGGCACUCUUGACCUUGCAGUGUCCGUCCACGAUGACCCCAUCUCUUCAUUCCUGUGCACCCAGAGCUGCCCUUGGAGGCACUUGGGCAUCCCACAGCCUCUGCCCCAGGGUUGUUUUGGGAGAGGAGAGGUAUCUGGAGCCAGCACAGCAAGCAAUAAUCACCCCCUGUGCUGCUGCUUGCUCCCAGAGACAAAGCCAAUCACGGUUUGCAUCCUACACUGCUUAUUUCAAAGGGUUCUUAGUAGACUGUCGUCUUCGUCCAAAAUGAGAGCUUUUCCAAUCACAUGGUUUAUUUUUUUAAAACAUAUUUUGUGGAAAAAUCUUCCCGUGGAUGGUUUGUUUCUGUGUUUUGCAAUCAGGUGUUGUAUUGUCAAGCUGAAGAGAAAUUCUGUUUACUGGAAUAAAUCUUCCUGACUUCACGUGUCCA